GCCUGGCUUCUGUGAGUUUGUCCAAGCCCCCUAAAAUAGCAGUCGGCGCGUAAAUGUGCACCGAAAUUACUCGUAUCCAAGCGGAGACACCGAUAUAGCGCCUCGAGUCUAUAUCCAGACACUGACUUCGGAGCAGAGGUUGUAUGUGACCCGAGGAGCAGCAGCAGACUAGUCCCACCAUGUGUUAGGAGCUCCACACAGAAGAGCCUUUUGUUCCUCUCAUAUCUCUGAAGGUUCCACACACCGGGAGAGCCAUGGGGCGCAAGAAGAUCCAGAUCACCCGCAUCAUGGACGAACGCAACCGGCAGGUGACGUUCACCAAGAGGAAGUUUGGCCUGAUGAAGAAGGCCUAUGAGCUGAGCGUGCUCUGUGACUGUGAGAUCGCCCUCAUCAUCUUCAACAGCUCCAACAAACUGUUCCAGUACGCCAGCACAGACAUGGACAAAGUCCUGCUCAAGUACACAGAGUACAAUGAGCCCCACGAGAGCCGCACCAACGCAGACAUCGUCGAGAAAUUGCGAAACAAAGGCCAUAAUGAGUGUGCUAGCCCUGAGGCAGAGGACACUUUCGUGGAGGACCACUUCGACUCUGACUUACUGUACAAGCGCUGCGCUGCGCUAAACAAGAAGGAACAAAGAGGGUGCGAUAGCCCGGACCCCGACGCGUCCUAUGUGCUCACUCCACACACCGAAGAAAAGUAUAAAAAAAUAAAUGAGGAGUUUGAUAAUAUGAUGCGAAAUCACAAACUCCCCAGCGGCCUUCCCCAGCAGAACUUCUCCAUGCAUGUGGCGGUCCCCGUGUCCAACCCGGGCUCCAUGUACGCUCCAGGGGCCACUCUGGGGGGGCCCGACAGCAGCAUGCUCAGCCCCGGCACGGCCCAGCUGCACCGGAAUAUGGGCUCCAGCGGAGGCACCCACAGGCACCCAGGCACAGGGAAUGGAUUCGUUAACCCCAGCAGAGGGUCCCCCGGGCUGGGUCAGAAGGGGGUCCACGCCAAGUCACCCCCACCCGCUGCCCAGAGCCUGGCGCUGGGCAGAGGCAAGCCCGAGCUCAGGGUGGUCAUCCCACCGGCGUCCAAAGGGAUCAUGCCCCCUCUGAACUCGCAGAGGCUGAGCAGCUCUGCGCCCUCCCAGUCCCUGGCCACCCCUGUUGUGUCAGUGAGCACCCCGAGCCUGCCCCCUCAGAGCCUGGUGUACUCAGGCAUGCCGUCCUCCUACAACCCCGCUGACUACUCUCUGAGCAGUGCGGACCUUUCCUCCCUUCAGGGCUUCGGCUCCCCGGGGCUGUCGCUGGGGUCGGUGUCGGCAUGGCAACAGCAUCCUCUGGGCCAGGCGGCGCUCAGCUCUCUGGUCGGCGGCGGUCACCUACCUCAGGGCUCUAAUCUGUCCAUCAGCACCAGCCAGGGCAUCAGCAUUAAAUCAGAGCCCAUCUCCCCCCCACGAGAGCGCCUCACCCCCUCCAGCUUCCCCUCUCAUCACCCUCCGCCUCCCCACCCUCCACAGCAGCAGCUCCAGCAGGGCGCCCCCGGCAGGCAGGACGCGGUAGGGCGCUCCCCGGCGGACAGCCUCAGCUCCUCGUGCAGCUCCUACGAUGGCAGCGACCGCGAGAGCCCGUCGGUCAAGAGGCUGCGCAUGGACACGUGGGUGACCUAAACGGGGGCCUGGGGAGCGCUCCAGUCCCCCCACCCUAGAGAAGGCAGGGAGCGGCCAGGCUCAGACCGCCGCUACGCCGAGGGUCCACGGAGCUUAUCUUCAAACUAUUAGACUGAUUGUGAGCGGUAACGGCGACACCGCAAAUAUGGACGUGCACACGCAGCAGGUGCAGGUACUCAGAGAACCCUAGUUACCAUAGUUAUGUUUGGAGGAAUGGUGAGAGUUGUCGCGUGAACGGAUGCUAACAAUCAGAGCAUUUAAGCCAUAGACUGUAUAUAUAAAUGGACAUAGCUAGCCACCACAUUACCAAUCAGAAGUGAGCUUGGGCACGCUCCAGGCUCCAGUGACUCCAGCUUCAAUUCACUUUCUACUGAUAAACCGUUGCCCCUCUCUCUGUAACUGCUGUCGUCAGGCUCGUCAUUUUUGUCUUAAAAUGUUCAUAUUAACCCCGUACAUGAUUUUGUAGUUUAUAUUUAGCUGUUUUGUCCAUAAAUCAACUUGUGCACAUUAAUAACAGACCAAUGGGAUGUCCUCUUUCAUCCCACUAAUGUUAGCAACAGGUUUGAUUGACUAAGCGCUCGCCCGUGCCAAACAAGUGGUGUGGGCAGAAGUGGCAUUACCUUCAACAACCUGGCUCCUGAUUGGCUCUUUGGUUGCUAUAAUACUCGCACCUGGAUUUACAAAUUUGUAAAUCUGCUCCAAAUUCACCCCUAUAACUGCUAGACCAGGGCGACGCCACUCUCCUUUAGUCCACUUCUUUAUACAGUCUAUGGUUUAAGCUUAAGCCACAGGAACCUAUUUACAAUGUACUGCAGGAAAAGCUGUUACUAUACAAUGUUUUUAAUACGUAUAUAAGUGGCCUCUUCUUUGCCAAUCCAUACAUCACCACAUACAGCUAGUUUAAUCAAGGCGAGAUACUACAGGCAAAACUAUUUUUGACCUUGUAACAUUUUUGCUCACACAUGGAUGUAAAGAUCACCCCUUAAACGGGUUGUAAAAGAAUUUUAUCGUCUUAAAAACGUGAAAAACAGAACUAGUUUAUUUUUAACAGUUUGCAUUAUAAUUAUUCACUGUAAUUAGUUUAUAAAUUUUUUCACAACUUUCAACAACAACUAUCAACCCACACAGCAGACUUACUUUGACCUCAAGAGUUCCCUAUACAAUAUAUAUGUACUGGAGCAAGACACGUUUUGUUUAAAAAAAAAUUUUAAGCCAGUUUUCAAUUACUCAAAUACUAAACAAGUUUUCCAAAGUCCACCCUGAAAACAGGAUGGUAUCUAAUAUGUCAACAAAUACAUUUUUUUUUUUGUCACAAUGUGAUUUUUUUUUUUCACAUCUUUACUUGAAAACAUUACAUGAAGAAAUAUUUUGUUCUAACACCAAUGUACACAAAGUUUUAAAUUGAAAUCUCUAAACUUUAAAGGCCCCAUAUUACAGUCUUUUCUGAUUAUGUUAUAACAUAUAUCAUGUUUUGUUUCAUUCACACAUGUUUAACACACAAACCUGCGUAUUUAGGCUGAGUUCUUCUCUCAAUCAGAAAACACCUUGUGACAAAACAGGAAGUGCCCCACGGUGUUUCUAAACUCCAUACACCUGCACUAGAAAAAUUUGGAUUAUUUCAGACCUGAAUUUUCCAACUUCUACCGAACUAAAGGUAAGAGGUAGCUAUUAACUCGAAAACUACUACUUCAUGACAUCACAAGGUGGAACAGAGCAUACAGACAGACUAAUGUGUGAAUGAAACAAAACACAACUCCUCAUCUGUUUUUGAGGCUGUAUAAGAUAACAUAACUUAAAGCUCAUAUGAGUCAGUUUGGCAUACUUUAGGACCUUUUGUUUUUAUUCACCUGCAGUGUCUCGCCUUUAAUCGAUGUAAACAUACUUUUGGUUGUUACAAAACUUUGACUUUCUUGCAAUAAUGAAUGCUUUUAUAAUUUAAAACGUUGAAAAUGUAAUGUGCAAUGACGAGAUGAAGAGGCGUCACGGACACAUCAGUAAUAUAAGCCAAAGCUGUGGUCGUGUGUGUACAGUUGCCGUGGUUACACUCAAAUUCACCUUUUUCUUUUUUAUUACUAUGAUUUGUUUAACGCUGUUGUAAAAAUAUGUAACUAAUACUGAUAUGAAAAGCCAUGGACAUUUGCUGUAUGACUGAAGGUUUGAUGUAAAUAGUGAAUUUUAAAAAAGAUCAGGGUUAGAACAUUGUCGUCACGUGUACCGUCACGUUUUCUUUUUUGAAAUUUUAUGUUUUUUAUGGACGAUUACAUGGGCCCCCUGAAAUUCAUAAUUCUUGCAUUUUUCGCAUUUGAAAUCUGAACAAAAACGCCCACAUGUCUGCCUCCAGUUCAUGUCUCUCCCUCUCUCUUUUUUCUCAUUUCUCUCCAUCUCUCCUCUCUCUUUCCUCUCUCACUUUGUCCUCACUCUCUUCUUUCCAGUCUUUCUCACACGCUCUCUUCUCUCUACCUCCCUCUCUGUCUUUCACUUACUUUCUUAUCUCCUUCUCCCUCCUUCUCUCUCUCUAUCUCCCCCCUCCCUCCCUCCCUUCCUCCCUCCCUCUUUCUUACUCUCUCUUUCUCUCUUUCCAUUCUCUAAUACUGGUGAAGGCUACAGGAAAUAGCUCUCCUCUCCGUGUAGUUCAGGUGAGUAACACAGGACCAACUUUCAGACCAAGGUCCAGCUGAACUGCUCCUAUUCAGAUCUGUGCUUAAAAAAAAAAAAGAAAAAGAAAAAAAGAAGAGGCCUUUUUCAAAACUGAUGUCUUUGCUCAUAUCAUGUAAAUAUUAUCCAUAGGUUUCAUUCACGUUUUGAGAAUUGUUGGAUCGAAUUUUCAGAUGGAGGCAGAGGAUGAUAUUAUUCUAUGGAACAGAAAGAUCUCGAAAAACACAAAUUUUACAAAUGUUACACUCUUUAGUCAUGAAGAGGUUUGAUUGGCCAAAAAAAAACACUAUAGUCUUCAAAUAUGUAGACUUUUUUAUGGUUUAAAAAAAAAAAAAAGUGGGAGUGGGGUUAUUGUGUUUUGGAUUUUUUAUUAUUUUUUUCACCACAUGAUAUCAUUCUUUUUCAGUUUCAGGCCCCUAUUGUUUUCAGCUGACAUGACUUUAUGCUACAAGAUUUAAUAUUAUAAAUAAAUAUAUAAAUAACUUAUUGUGUCCCACCUCAACUAAGAAUAAUUUGCUCACUGAAAAUUGAGAAAAUUUGCUUGCUGAAAAAUUUAGAAAAACUAAAAAUUAUUGUGUUGCACUGAUCCUGCUUUUUCAGUCCCGAUAUCGAUAUCGAUAUUUUGACUUUACUAACCAAUACCAAUGUAGGGAACGUAAAAAUGCAGCACUUAUUUCAUUAAAACACACUUGACUUAUUACACAUAAGAUUCAACUGUGUUAUGUAACUGUUAUUUAUCCUUCAAAUCACCACUGAACAGCUUUGUAUGGAUAAAAGUUCAAACAUUAUGAGAUGUUUAAGAGUAAAUCGACUGAACCGAUAUCAUGGAAGUAUCGGCGCACAUAUUUGACACCAGUAUUGAUAUCAGUGCAUUCCUAAAAACAAUCUCUCCAAUGGAACCAAUGGAAUAAUAUCAAUUCUUACUCUUCAUCUGAAAUUUUGACAAAAAAAUCAUCACAAGUCCAACACAAAUCUUGUACAAAAAUGCUUCUACUUUUGCCCAUUUCCUCGUCCACCAUUUUGUAAACACAACCAUGCUUUCUGCUGUAAAGAAUCUGUACAUCUGAUCCAUAUGAUAAAGAAAAACUCCAGCUUUGUUCACAAACACAUGCCCUGUCUAUCCCUGCUGAUUGCACAUUGUUGUAUAGAUGUCUGCUGUAUAGAGGAGUGGUGAUGCGUUCACUGACCUGGUUCUGGUGUGGGAUUCUGUGGGAUUUCCCUAUACUAGUAAGACCACGGUAGCUCUGAGUUUGUGGUAAUCUAUGCAGUCAUUCUCAAAGCCUGAUGUCAAACGGCCUGCUUCACAAAGGGUGUUAAAGUUGGUUUCACAGCGAGAAGGUUCAAGGUUUGAUUCCCAGACUGUAAACAGACUUAAAGUGGCCAUUUUUUUGCUAUUUUCUGAUCCAUGUUAUAAUGUUGUUUCCUUGUCAAAAACAUGUCUGGAGUUCAUGUUUUGUUGCAUUCACACAUGUUCACACACAAUAUAAACAAACAAAAAAAACACUGUUCCACCUUGCAAUGUUAUGUAGUGAUACAGGAAGUGCUCCAUUGUGUUUUUAGCUCCAUAAACCUUCACGAGACUUUACUAAAAAUAAAAGUGGUAGAUUUGAAAACUAUCACUACAUGACAUCACAAGGUGGAACAGAGCAUUUUGAGCUUUGGAGAUGUAAACAGACCUUAACAGACCUUUAAUGCUUCUGAUUUUUUGUAUACUGCAAUAAAUGUAUACAGAGAGAUGCAUAUUGUGAAAAUAUCAUACAGAAAAAUUUGGAUAUUGUUUCAUCCCUAGAUUUUACCUCAUCAAAAGAUAAGAUUUUUUCUCAACAUAUUUAUUAAAAUUGUCCUAUUAACACAAAUUAUACAAGUUUGCAGUCCUACAGGUUGAUAAUUAUUCUAAAUAUGCACUAUGUAACUUUUCUGGUGGUAGAUCCAUCACCUCCUUAUCUGCAUGGAGAUGUUAUUCUUUUCCAGGAAUGUUUCACAGCAUAGCAUUAAACAUAUCUGUCUUUAUUAUAUGUGUUUUUAUUACUCAAAAAUACCUAAAAAAGAAAAACACAACCAUUCUUUCAAUGAGCAGGGUCGCCUUUCCACAAAUCGAUGGCGUCACCUGUUUGUUUCCAUGGUGAUCGUUAUGUUUAAUGCUAUCAUGGAACAUUCUGGGCAAGGCAAUAACAUCUCCAUGGAGACGAUCUUAUUUCAGGUUCAUUUCCCGGUUUAUAGGUGCCAUUUUGAAAAUUUUUGACCAGCCAAACAAUGCAAUAUUUCAUUUUGAAUGGUUAAUUUCUAUGGCAACUAGUUUUUCAUCAUUCUGAAACACAAACCUAUUACACAGUACAUGGUAUGGGAAUCAAACUUGGGACUUUCUCGUUAUGAGGUGAGACUUACACCCCUACACCACCGGAGUUAACCUAAAACAUCUUCAUGAAGCAGGUCCUGCAUUUAACCUUAGGAGGAAAAACAGUAAAACUAAAACGAGUGACUGUUCUUAUCCUUAAGUGCCACGCCCCAUGACGCUGGAAUCGAACUCGCGACCGCCCAUUUCCAUACACAUACAUUAUAGAGACAGCAGGUCAAAUAUGUGAUAGCAAUAAUGAUGAGUACAACACAGAGCACCUCACAUCGCACGACGAGCACUUAAACAAAUGUAUCAGGGAAAUUAUGCACAGACACAGAGGCCUUAUCCCAAAGACGCCAUUUUGAGGACUUUUCAACACUUAUGUUUAAACUACAGCAUAGAAGCACUCGCCCAGCUCAGAACACCCACACCUCUGUACUCUCAAGAUAGAUACUGUUUAAGUCUAGAAUAUUUCAUUUUUACUAUGUUUUACUGCUAAAUAAAAACAGCAAAAUAAUAUGGCAGUAAGAAAACAGCUCUUGAAGUGUAUGUAUUUUCAGGAUUUUAGUAAUACUUCAUAUUUUACAUUAUAUCUUUAAAGAUGCACUAUGUAACUUUUAUGGUCAGUUGUCUCCAAGGACACGCUAUUGCUUUGUCUGGAAUUUUCCAAUGUUAGUGUUGUCAAAAGUAUCGAAAAUCUGAUCCUGAUCGAUACUAAAACUAGUUUCAAAGAAGAUUUGCGCUAGCCAGGCUGGCACCACUGAGUUCCUCCGCUCAGUUUCAUUUCUCUCCAGCUCUAGACUAUGUCAGAAAUCGGAAUACACUAGACGGUUUGCAUGAAUCCCGGAAGUGCGAGUUCGGGCACCAACCAAUCAGCGAAGAGCCAUACAUUCUGUUUUGGCAACGAUUCCCGAGAUCAAGGAUUUAAAGCUGGAACAAAGAGAAUGUUUCGUGAAUUUUAUCAAGGGGAAAGACGUUAUUGCCCUUCUUCCUACAGGAUUUGGGAAAAGCUUAAUAUACCAGUUAGCAGUGCAUUACAAACGUCACGACCAAAAAGCAGCGAUUGGUUAAAUUAAAAAAGUACCCGCCUACCACCAAGCGAACGAAUCCUAAUGCUGCGAGGUCAGACGGUUUCCACGAAGUGAAACCAGCUGAUGAAUCAAGCUAGAUUUGAGCAGGUAUCGAUACUAAAAAAGUCACAUUCACAGGAUAGAAUUGAACCUUUCCUGAAUAGUUUUAGAAUGAUCUUGAUUACACAGAUAUUAGACUGCAUGGUAAAAUAAAAGAAAGUACUACGAUAUAUUAUAAGCAUCACAUUCUACUGUCAAAAUAAAUACAGUUUUUUAUUAUUAUUGUGGUCUCGGAAUCAAAUAUCGAGUGCAAUCCUUAGUAUCGAAAUCAAAAACAGUAUGGUAUAUAUUCAAAGCUAUACUGCGGAAUAUUCCAGGCAUAGAUAUAACAACGACAUAGAUCAGAUGGUGGCCAACUGUUUGCCAGUGCUUAGUGUCGAUAUGAUCAGAAGAAGUCAUGGUGAAAUGGACUUUAAAAACACAAUGGAGCACUUCCUGGAGGUCAACCUAAUGAACAUAUCAUUUCAAAACAUAAGAUUAAAACUAGUAUGUUAAAGUCAAAGUCAAACAGUCUAGACUUAUACUUCACCUGCUUGUUUCUAUGGACAUGUCAUUGCUUUGCUUGGAAUGUUCCACAGUAUGACAUUAAACAGAUCUAACUUACAUUUAGUCAAUUACAGGUGAUGUUAUAGCUCAAAAAUGCCUAGAAAAACAGGCAUUCUGACUGUGAGCGGGGUCGCCUCUCCACAGAUCUGACCUGUAACUUGGUCUGGUUUGGUCUCCAUGAAGAUAGAAUGCUUUAAUAUCGUCCUGUGAGACAUUCCAGACAAAGCAAUAAUAUGGCCAUGACGAUAACUAUUUGAUUGGCCCUCCACCAGAAAAGUUACACAAUGCACCUUUUGACUUACAAACUCCUAAAAACUACUCAUUGAUAUUUUAGAUAUUUUUGUAUCACUACCUUUUGCAGUGAACCUGGUCAGUGAACGCAACGCAAGACCUUCUCUUUUGUCAAAUCAGUGCACAAAGUAGAAUAUGGGGGGAUGAGGAGGAGGAGAAGGAGAAUGGACUUUGGAGAAAACCUUGGAUCGAACUAUGGACUGGAUCUUUGGACUUUUUUGGAGCAGGUGGAGGGCUCUCUGCUUGGCGUGGUGGUGUUGGUGCUGGUGGUAGCGUGGCUCUUUGCUAACUGUUGUAGCUGUAGCUCCUUUCGCUGAAUACAACAGAGCCUGGUCCUGGUCUAUCCCGGGACCGGGUCGGCGACACAAGCUGGACUUUGUUGCCAAAAAUGAAACUAUUAUUAUUAUUGUUAUGAUUUUUGUCAAAACGAGACGGAAGUUACAUUUGGUUUCUGUUAAAGUGUGUAUGACAGGUUUCGAUGAAUCUCAAAUUUUGACUUGAUUUGGUGGGAUAAUACUUGGUGUAAAUGAUAUUUUUCACCAAUCAAGAAGCAAUUGGUGAAGAAAAGUUGAAAAAUAUGUGGAAAAUUACAUAAAGUCUAGAGCUCCAUAUUAAAGACAUCACGCUUGCGAGAAUUCUAUCUAAAAGAAACCAAAUUUUCUCAGUAUUUUAAACAAUGUUUCAACAAAGCAAAGGAGUUUUCUUACAUUUUUAUUUGUCGUGGUGUGUCCACGGUUCGAAUCCCGCUCUCAACAUUAACGCCCUUGGUUGAACAGUCAGAUCCACAGGUUGGAGGUGCAAUUCCAGCUCCCACAGAUAAAUACUGUCAUUGUGUCAUUGGGCAAGACACUCAAUCCACCUUGCCCCCAGUGUCAGAUGUGUGUGUGAAUGGACUAGUGGUUCCUUGUUGUAAAGAGUGUCUUGAAGGUGGAAAAGCACUAUAUAAAAAUGUGACUAUUUACUAUUGUUGUGGGUGCCAGGUAAGAGUUAUGGAAUUCCCAAGAGUGAUUUCAAAUUUAAAGCUUAAAAAAUUGCUAAAUUGUGAACUUUUUUUUUUUCAUUUUUUAAAAUAAAAUCUUAAAUAUUAUGAUCUUAACUGUGUUUUAAUAAACUGAGUCAUCCAACCUGUCAUAGGCACUUUAAAUAUGUUAUAAUGUUUUGGUUAUAAGGUAAAAAUUCAAGUGGACUUUUUAUGAUGAAGAUACUAUGCUAGAUCUUGUUGUACAGUUUGUAUUCUCACAGUAGUACAGACAUUGGCUUGUACUUGUGUAUUUUAGGUUCUUGUUGUGUAUAAAGUACACAGCUCUUAGACUGUGUCCUGUGACCUUCUAAAAUGUAGAAAUCACAACUUUAUUAAACAACUCUGUGUAUG